AUGGCUGUGGGGCAAACUUUAGUUAAGGCAUCAAAAUUGUACUUUUUCUCUCUGUUUCUCUACAAUACGGCUGUUUUCGCGUUGAAAUCAGGUUCCAUUGGAAAUUGCCCAAUUUCAAGCACGAAUUUCAGCGCAGCAUUCCUCCACAACCCUCCAUACGUGAAAGCCAAUAGCACAAAAUGGCAUGGCCUGAUUUAUGAUUUUGUGCAAGCGGGAUUAAUUCGCUGUUUUCGCCGCUACUCCUGCAAUAUGACGAAGAUGCACUGGAAGGAGGUUUUCUCCGAGGAAAAAUUGAGUUCCCUCACUCUAGAAGAAAAAACUGACAUCGCAAUUCCGAUAACACCUUCGUUAUUUUCGUCUUUGACUGAAGAAUUGUCGACAUCACGAAACUGGCGCGUCACGCUUUUUACUAUCGUAGAAUCGCCUGGUCUUGCGUUAGUCAUUGAUUACGAUGCCUGUAAGACGAAGAUUGAGAAGAUUAUUACGUACACAAUUCUGUCUGCUUGGCCCGUCUGCGCUGUGAUUUUACUCUUGGCUGGUAUUUCAGGGAUCUCCAUAUGGGCAUUGGUAAGGAACUGGUUAUUAUUUAUCUCCCGUGGGGGAGAGGGGAAGGAAGGUGGAGUAUUUUUGAAGGGGCAACAGAGGGGGAAUCAGUUGUCGCCUACCAAGUAUAAAUGGCGGACUAUGGAAAAUUUACUGUCAAUUACCUGGCAAUUAAUGGAGUCAUAAGAAUGUUGCACAGUCUUAGGGGGAUCAGGUCUAAUUCGAUCUUGACACAACCUAAACCCUUUAAAACCCUUCCCCCCCCGACAAAUAAUGACUGGUGCCUAACUCUAUACUGCUGGCAAACGUGCAAACGUCCUCUUGCUUCGUUAAGAGCCAUUUGAAACAGCUGUAUGUAAUUCUAGCAGAAAACAUACAAGCUUUUAAAAAAAAAAAAAAGCGAUGGGAUCGUUUUCUAUGUAUGAAGUUGUGAUAUUCCCUCAAAUACUAAAAGGACGUUUUAUCUGCAGGAAACAAGCACUAACCAUCAUCACUUCCCGUCUUCCUUUGGGCGUGGAUCAACAGAAGGAUUCUGGUGGGCUUUUGUUACCAUGACAACUGUUGGGUAAGACUGAUUUAUCAUACAAGGCUACUUCAGGAGCCCAUUGGUAAUGGGCUCCUGGCUACGUUCAAAUUUCCUUCAGGAAAGGACGUACAUUAGCUAUAUCUCUUUUCUUAAAUAUUAUCCUGUUAUCUUGUAAGCUCCUCCUUCAAAGUAUAUUAAAGGUUUUAUUCCUACCACUGUAAGUCGAACUCUCUUAGGCUUCUCCUUUUAAUCCUGGACUUAUUUAUUAUUAUUUCUCUCGCUCCGGCUUACGGACUCAAACGGUUUUAUGUCCGAGAAUAGUGCGAAAAAAGCUUGAACUUGGAUGAUCGUUAGAUGUUCAACAUGCUUCACUACAAUUCGACACCACCGGGGACAAUGAAUGUGUACCCUGAAAUGUUUUCCUUAAAUCUUUAAAGUGGUUUAUGGUCAUCUUGUACACCUUCCUUAUCCUGUCACACCCACGUUCCCUUUCACUUUAUUAGUGCUCCUCGUUAGCAGUCUGUCUACCACAGAAAAAAAUGGCUUGCAGGUUUCCCCUAAAUUAGCGAAACUUUUCAUCAACCAAAUAACAAAAUGCCAAAACUAUCAUAACAUAGUUAUCGUUUCUCUAGUGCAAUUUUGACCGUAUUGUUUCAGGUACGGUGACAAAGUUCCACGGACCAUGUACGGUCGACUUUUCUCCGUUGUUUGGAUUUUAACCGGCGUCUGUCUUAUUUCCAUUUUCACUGCUGCUAUCACCAGCGCCAUCACUGUUUCGUCUGUUGACCCAGGCUGUAAAAGUACUCAAGGAAAACGCGUGAGUAAUGUUUUUCUGCCUUUGCUCCAGCUUAACAUCAUUUGGUUGAUAGUUUUCAGCUGCGGUUUUCUUAACCACGCACGCUUAGUGAUUGGCGGGAGAAGAACAGCUUAAGGUACCCUUGUGAUCAGUCAGUUACUUUCCGCGCCACUGUCCAAACCAUCAGCAUGUAAUAACAACAUCAGUCGCAAUUUUUGGGGUCGCCGGUUUGAGUCAGCGGAAAUCAUGUCGCUUCUUUAAUAGUGGCUUUGUUCUUCUAGAGUGGUGAGGGGCACCGAGAGAACUGCGGGGGAGGGUAACCAAAUUGCAAAAGUCCUUAGGCUGUCAGUUUUUUCUCUCUAUUCCAUUUUACAACAUAGAGUCGAGCAUAUCAUGUUUGAACAUAGGACAGUAUCCAUCUUAGCUGUCAAAUUACUUCCGUAUAGUUUUCCCGACGAUAUAUUUUUCUCUUCCUUCGAAGCUCGCAGCAAUAAACGGAUCAGAUGCUGAAAAGGAGGCGAGGCAUCGUGGGGCUUAUGUUACAAGUAAGAAUAACAUUUUGCUAAUUCCAUCGGAAAAGUACGUUACCAUUUUUCCAUCGGAUCUAUUUUUUUUGUAUCGAACAUGCAUGAAAAAACGAUAAAUUAUGCGAAAUUCUACUCCUACUGUUAGGCCAAAAGGACAAAUUGUAAUUCCAAGAAAGCGUGUUCUAGCGCUCACUCAGAAUCUUGCGAUGGCCCAUAUUUAGAAUGUUACUCAGAAGGAGUAGCGUUGUGGAGGGGCAAAUUCCCAAUCACUUCUGGGUAUGAAAGUGCAGUGAAUAUCCGCUUAGGCGUGUCAGUUCUACCGGCCCUUCCCUCAGGACUCCAGACUGAAUAAAUACCUAACAUUGUUUCUGAAAUAAAUCGAGAAUUGAAAUGAUUUUUUAAAAACUCGUUCCCCGCGAUGAAAACCUUAGGGGAGGGAGGUCACGAUGAGAUAUGCUUGAUUUCCGGUAAGGCUUCGUAAUAUUCGUAUAUGAUCCUUCCCCCCCCUCAAAAGACACUCAACUCUUCAUAGUCACCCUUUCAUACUCUGUCGGCGACGACUUAUCCACCCUCCCCUCCCCCCAGGAAAUAAAUGAUUGUCCCUUACUCAUUUCGUAUAUUGCCUUCCCCAGCCUUUGAAACAGAAAUGAAGAUGUUCGAUGUGUUAACAGCAGGUGAUGUUGAUGGUGUCAUGUUGGACAGAUUCAAAGCUUACUACUACCUCGAUCAACUGAAAAACGACAAUCUUAGAGUUGCCUUGCGUAUCGACACUUCACUACAAUAUGGCGUCUCGCUCAUAGAUAGAGGCUUUCCUGAGCUCACGGGAAAGAAUGGGUGCCUUGCAGAAUACUUCGUCAAUUCCCGCCAUCGUCUGGAUAGAACAAUGAAACACUACAUAAUGCCGGUGAAGGUUAGUCCUAGUGAUAUAUCACCAUUACUUGCUAUCCUCCUUUCCCUAACACGUUGAGAAUAUUGUCCGUACUAAAUUCACCUCACAGUUUAAAUUAAAGGAACCGGUCAUUAUCGCUUGGAGGUGGGGAAGGGAGGGGGUGGGGGUGGGGGGGGGGGGGUGGGGGGGUGGAGAGGGUUUGGAAUGUUUUGGUCUCGCCACGAUACGAUUUACCUCAUCUCUCACCUCCCAAAAGGCUCUGUACUAAAUUCUUAUGAUUCACCCUCAUUGGCGGUAAUUUUUUUUUUCAUUACAAUUCCUCCCUUUUUACUCUGUCAGUGGCGACUGAUCCUCCUUCCAUUACCACGUCCUUAAAACCUUGUGUUCCCCCCCCCUGCGAUUUAUGUCGACUGGUCCCUUAGUAAAAAAAAUCAAUACAAUAUCAAGUUUCUAAUUCAAUCUGUCGCUGGACUAAAAGACGUUCUGAAUCCUUUCAGCCCUUAGGUUCCCCUACAGAAACAGUUGGAGUCCUCUCGAUCCAUUCAAGGGCCAAUCAGCACCUGUUGAUCACUUCUGUGUGUAUUUUUGUUUCAUUCCUGAUCUCUGGUCUUUUGUGGGAAUUUCUAUACCGAAGAAACCACUUCAGUUUUUUCAAGUCUUCUCCAAGUGAGUAUCACUGGUCAGUUCGCGCAAGUUCAUGGACAUAGAACACACUCUUCUUUUAGAUCAUCUCUCUAAGCCUGCUACACAUUAAGUGUUAAUUAAUGAAUGGCUCACGCUUUCAUCAUUUUUAAUACAGUAUCAUUAUUAUUAUUAUCAUCGCUAUUAUAACCUUUAUUAUUACUGUUAUCAAAAUAACUCCCUCUAACUUUUCGCAGGCACGUAUUGUUUCAAUUAUUUCAAACUUAUUUUUCUGACACGACUUAAAUUGAAAUUUAAGAUCAAUUAAAGUCCAAUCUUUGUUUUGAUUUAUCAGGGGGUAACAAAACCAAUGGUUCACCGCUCAUCAAUAAGGAACUUGCAGAGAUUCAGAACGCUCUCGAAAAGCUUACUGCGCAAGUGCACACGGUUCAAGAGAAUUUGUAG